AGUAGUGAGAUCAUAUCAAAAGUAGGUAAUUUUUAUUUAGUUUCAAUCUAGCAUUAUGUUCUCUCAGUGGAUAAAAGAAAUUUUAAUAUUAUUCGGAAUUGGCUUAGCGGCAUGUGUCUACAGAUACAGAAAGUUUUAUUUCCUCUCCUGGAAACUUCCAGGACCUUUUGCUUUUCCUAUCAUUGGAAAUGCCUUGAAUUUCCUUUGCAGCGAUGAAGAGCUUCUGGACAGAGCUGCAAGCAUCUGCAAAAACUACCCUAGUCCAUUGAGACUUUGGUUUGGUCCGAAAUUGGCAUUGAUGAUUACAGAUGUUGAUCAGGCACAGAAAAUCAUGUCUACGAUGAAAUUUUCAACGAAAGACGACGUGUACCGUUUUUUGGAACCAUUUGAUGGAAAAGGACUAAUUACUUCAUCUGGUAGUAAAUGGAGAAGAGAUAGACGCCUCAUAUCACCGUUAUUGAUAAAGAAAAACAUUGUGAAAUAUUUUCCAUACAUCCUCAAACACACGAAAAUUUUGAUCGAUAUACUUCGAAAUGACAACGUCGGUUCAUUUUUCAACGUUGAACCAUUGAUCCACAGAUGCAGUGCUGAUUUUGUGAACGAAACUAUUUUGGGUGUUUCGACCAGGGCCCAGUUCGGUGAAAUGGACAAAUUCAUAAAAAUGCUCUCACGGAUGUAUACUAUAUUACAUGCAAGAAUUGUAAAAAUAUGGCUUCAAAUUGAAAUAUUUUUUCGUCUGACUCGUUACUAUGAAGAACAAGAAGAAGGUAUCCAUGUUGUGGUUGGAUUCGUCAGAAAAGUUGUACAAGACAUUCAGAGUAAAUACGAAUACUCUGAGGAUGACUCAUAUAAACCUAUCAUACAUCAUUUACUGGAUAUUCGCACUAACUUUCCAGAAUUCGCAAGAGGUGAAGACUUGGUACAUCAACUCAUUACUUUAUAUUCAGCAUCUGAAGAUACAAUGACCUCAAUAGUAUCUUUUACUAUCGUCCUCCUUGGAAUGUACCCCCAUAUCCAAAGCAAAGUAGUUGAAGAGAUACUUGAUGUAGUCGGUGGAAAAGACAAAGACAUCGAGGAAAAACACUUGGACAAAUUGACAUACUUGGAUAUGGUGAUCAAAGACGUUUUGAGAUUGUUCCCAAUUGCUGCCUUCAUAGUAAGGAAAGCUGAAGAAGAUUUCUUGUUAGAUGACUGGUUGAUCCCCAAAGGUUGUUCAGUCAUGGUUUCAAUCUACAACAUCCACAGAGACAAGAGGCUUUGGGAAAAACCAGAGGAAUUCUACCCGGAACAUUUUAUGCCAGAAGCUGUUCGUUCCAGACACCCUUAUUCUUUCCUUCCCUUCAGCGCGGGUCCCAGAGGGUGCAUCGGUAAACCGUACGCGUACAUGGCGUUGAAAAUUCUGUUGGUGACGAUUUUGCAAAAUUUCGAGGUGCAAUCUGAGGGCAAGCUGGAAGAUAAGAAACUGAAGAUGGAUAUAAGCGUUCGAUUCAGAGAUGAGAUUUAUUCGAUAAUGCUGAAAAAUAGAUGAUUCGGAUCAAUAACAAUCAACUAGACCUUAAUAAUAGUUCAC